CACCCUCAUGUUUCAGUCGUAUGUCCUCUCCCGGCUUCCGUAGACAUUCCUCCACUGUCAGUUAGUGUGCGGCGGUGACAGACAUCCAUCGGUCAGCCAACAAUCCUGCUCCAAGUGUAAACUAUGGAAGAAAUAAACAACAUUGAAGUCACUCCGUGCACAGAGUCCGACUAUCUGAAACCGUUCAGGGUGCACUAUAACCAGAAUGGCACAAAGAAAUCCUGGGACUUCAUGCGAACCCAUGAUAGUGUAUCAGUGCUGAUCUUCAACACCAGCUCACACUGUUUUGUCCUUGUCAAGCAGUUCCGUCCAGCUGUAUACAUGUGCGAGUGGGAAAGGAAGAAGACGCAGCCGCCUCAGUCUGCCGAAAAAACUGAGGAGGGCGCCUCCGAAGCCGCCGCCACCGCCCCCGAAUCUCAGGAGGGCCAGUCGGCCCCAGAGGGGGAGAGCUCUUCCGAGUGGCCCCCGGCUACAGCGGGGGUCACCUACGAGCUCUGCGCCGGCCUGGUGGACAAACCCAACCUAUCUCUGGAGGAGAUCGCCCGACAGGAGGUGCUGGAGGAGUGUGGCUACGAUGUGCCCGCCUCUAAACUGAAGAGGAUUACUUCUUACAGGUCAGGCGUAGGUGUAACGGGGGCCAAGCAGACCAUGUUUUACGCCGAGGUGUCCGACGACAACUGCGUGAGCGCAGGUGGAGGUGAGCCACGCGAGGGAGAGCUUAUCGAGGUGGUGAAAGUCCCGCUGCACGAGGCCAUGACGUUUGCCUACGACGAGCGUAUACCCAAAACCAUGGGCGUCAUUUUUAGUUUCAUCUGGUUCCAUAAUAACAUGUCUCCCAAGUACAAGAUCUCUACCAAUGUGUAACUAGUAUUAACCAACCCUCUUUAUACCGUUUAUUCCAAAUUAAAUCAAACACUGGGCCAGCACAUCCACUCUUCCCCUCAUGGCUCUUCAUCCUGUAUUGCCUUUUUGCUUAUUGGUACAUGAUGAAAGGUGGGCCCCUUGUCUUGUUGCCAACAGGUAUCUUUAAGUUGUGUCCUGUUUACCUUUCUUUUUUUUUUUGAGUUUCAUGUGGUCUUAAUAUUUUUCCUAAAAACAAAUUUGCCAUAGCUGGUUGUCACUGGCACAUUUCUCCUCUUCUUGAUGAUUUAUUUUUUUAUUUUUUUUAUCAUUUCAUUUACUGUGCCAUCUGUGAAAUGGCUGCAUAUCACUGAUUUCAUUUGCCUGCCCUUGAUUAAAGGAAUACUCCACUGCUUUUAGUGUAAGCUCUUGAAUGUUACGUUAAAUUCCAACUUGUUUGAAGCAUUCCUACAACACCCAGCAUUCAUUGCAAUCUCCGAGGCUAAAUGAGCCAUGUGCACCCUGUUAGCUAAACAUUUUAGCGUGCUAAUAUGUGCAUCGGAGUUGACGCAAACCGUUCUACUUGCCUGACAAAGUGUGCCAGAGGAAUUUUGCAUCUGAUAUGAUCAUACACAUCAUAUGAACAAUGGCUACUUUUUGUACUUGAACUAUUAAAGAUAUAGAUAUAUAUAUAUAUAUAUAUAUAUAUAUAUAUAAGGUUAAAACAAACAAACAGCGGAGUAUUCCUUUAAUCCAUGAUCCAGUAAUGCAAAAACUAUGCUAGUCAAUGGUGGGGCCUUGUAACGAUUGAGGUGUUCGGUGCGUUUUAACCACCACUUGAUCAAGCAUGCCUCAAUUAAUUUCUUUGAUCCACAGCCUUUAAGCAAUACUUGCGAUAGUUCCCCCCCCCCCCAGGCUAAACAAUCACUCGGUGUCACUGAAAUCUUCAUGAAGUCAAACCAGUGGACACGUUUUCUUCUUCUUCUUCUACAAGCAAAGUAGAAAAUGUGAGUUAGAUCCCAGAAAGCAGACACCUACCGAACAUUGCACCAAGGGCCAACUUUACUUUUAAGACUCAUCGCUCUCAAGCACAAUCCUGCGAUGUGUCACCGACAUCUGGCCUGUAACUGUCUAUGAAUAGUUUAGAUUUAGUUUGAGAAGGAGUUCUUUUCACUCUGAUGCAUAUUGUUUCUGAGAUGAAGACAGACCGGACGUACAGCAGAGACUGUAUUAAAGCUAAAUCUGCUAUUUUAGGGUUUUACCAUAAUUAAAGUCAUUUCUAGAGAGUUAAUUUUAUACCCAGCUCAUUUAAAAAAAAAAAGGACUUAAACCAUCUUAAGAGUUUUGCCUUUGGUCAUUAAUUCAUUUCAAAUCUCGGAUGCUCAUUAACACACGAACCUAAUCUCACAAAGUGAAUCUCAACAGCAGUUUGCCAAAAUCUCAGGUCCAAAUAGUCAAACUUUUGGUCAUAUUCAGGGUGGAUCUCUGGAUGUGACGAUGACCAGCGUGUUGUUAUCUUUCAAAAUCACUUGCAGCUUAAAGGCAACACAGUUCUUACUAUAUGUUAGUGUUUUUAUUUUCGUCAUUCAAAAAGGGCUGGUACUUCAUUUAUUAAUCAAUAUGUGAAAAAGGAAGAAAUUCCCCCACCUUGUAGUUUUCUUAAAAAUAUGCAAAGACAAUACUGUUUUUAGAAAAUGAUCUUUCACUUAAAACAGAUAACAUCUCAUUAUUUAUACAUUAUUAUUAUUAUUAUUAUUAUUACAGGUAGAUGAUGAUGACGAAGUCUGCUUGGUGCACCUGCAGAGUUUGGAAGUGAUGUAGAGAUAUUAAAAGCUGCCUGAUGGUUUGUUGACUACAGAACACGAUGAAAACGAGCUGUACGUUAGGUAUUAUUCAGAAGAGUUCAAUGUAAUAAUACCGUGAACAUAUUGAAAUCAUAAAUAAAACUAAAUCUAGCCUCCAUAAUACAACUUACUGUUGAUGUGUUUGUCUGACCUCUGGUGUGAACUACUCCAGGUGAAUACGAGCAUCAGUCCAUGAUUCAUUUUUUGUUCUUCUGGGCUUUUUGUGCCGGAGGAACAUCUGACAAUCAAAUGUUGAACGUUCGUCUUCUUUUACCCAUAAAACCUUGUGUUCUUUGGGGCCUGUGUUAGGUGUGUGUACUUGUUCCUCCUGAAUCUCACAGCGGCUCUCUUAGUUUCAGGCAUAACAAAGGUGGUUAUUUUGGUGCCACUUGUUUUUAUCUCCCUAAACAAACAAAAGUCAAGAGAAUUUGACGUCAAAUAUUUGAGGAGUCAUUUCCACUCAGACUGUGGGAGUAUAUGCAGAAACACUUAAGCCAUAUUUAUCUCCCCCUACGCCCCGAUCACUGAGCCUCUCUGUCUGUCCCUCGCAGAUCAUUCCUUCACGUAGGAUCCAUUACUGGAGCUGCUUGAAUUGUUUUUAUUUAGUCCACUCGUUCAUAUUUUCUCACCCAAAUCCAGCACUAAAUCAGAUUCCCUACAAACUACAGGAUGUAUCCACUUAAAUAAAUAAUAAAAAGGGACACACACACCGUAACACCAACAGGGCUUUUUAAACGAUAUUUUCUUAACUCCACUUGAUAUCCAGCCACCAUAAUAUUUUUAAAUAUUUUUUCAGCUUUCAGAAAGUUAUUUUUUUGGCACCUAACCCUCAUGGGAUCCCUUCCCCUCCAUCUUCUUCCAUGUGACGAUCCUUUCUUUAUGUUGAACAAGGUCUACGUGGAUCUCAGCACUUAAAGAGUCCCAAUGGUGCUCACAAUCAUCUUUGUUUGUCAUCUCGUGAUAAUCGUGAGAUGAAACCAUCUUUGGUAAAUAAUUGAACAUGGUCACUUUUUUUUGUCUUGGAAUGACUCGUUAGAAAAUUAUCUGUUGCCCACAUUUUAAAUGGGUUAGCCAUAAUCAUUCCAAAAAUUAAUAUUCCUCCGUGUAUUUAAAAAGAAAAAUCUCCGUUUGCUGAAAUGAGAACAACUGCUUCUGAUUUGGCUCCGUGUAAAACAAAGCCAUUUAAACGUUUAAGGCCGGUCUGUAACUUCGUGUGCCUGUCGAAUGUGGAGAACUGCCAUUUGACUUCUCUUAGGCUUGUCACUGUGGCAUCAGCCAGCAAGCCAGCGCCGGUACAUAUUCCUCCACACCUUCCCACCGGCUAUUAUCUGGAAGACGAGUGCAUUUAGUGAACAUAUGUCCUCGGUGAUUGACGAAAAGUGGCGUCCCCACAAAUAGAUAGCAGCUGCCGGUGGGAGGGAUCGAGGCUAACGUCUUUCUAAUAGAGAUUUCAGCAGAGAAUUCGGCUGCCAAAAGAAACACAACCAGCGUGUCAGCACUUCAGGUUCAGCCGGUUCAGCCAGCUUCUCUAUAGGCAGAUAAAUAUACAAUGGAAAUUUUAAUUUAUGUGAGGCCUGUAUUUUUAUUUUUUGUUCAGCCUGUGGAGUCAAAACUCACGAGUUGAUCUGUUAUCAGACCUGCUGUCUAUUUUAUACUCAACCAUUUUUUAUUAGUUUUAUAAGCUAUUCAGAUGUGACGGGCUAUGUUUUUAUAAUCUCAUUUAGUUUCAAACUUGUGUGUUUUUCAGUGUAAAAUGUUUAGUUUUUUUUUUUUUAGUUUAAAGCCAAACUACACCUUCAUAGUGUCGACUUUAUUCUAAUGGAAGCCAUGUAAAUCACCGACACUGGUGAUGGGCAGUGUUCUUCGAGGACUUAAAGGAAAAGUUUGACCUUUUUAGAAAAUUGGUUAUUUGCUGUGAGUGUGAGAAGAUCGCUGAUCUUUAACGUCUUACGGUAAAUGUGAAGUUACAGCCAACAGCUGGCUAGCUUAGCUUAGCAUAACAACUGGAAACAGGUGGAAGCUGCUUGCUGCUGCUACCAGCAUGGUAAUUAACACAAAAAAAGUGCGGUUUCCAUAAGUGAAAAACAACGCGUGUAUCCGCCCCCCCGUGAUUUGGAUCCGCUCCAUGAUUUAAGGGGUUCUUCUGUGGCCCGUGUUACACACUGCCACCAAAUUUCUUGAAAAUCGGACAAGUAGUUUUCCCGUAACACUGCUGACAAACAAAACCAAAAACACAUUGGUGGAGGUAAUUCGGGAGCGUUAGCUUACAGCGUUGGCUAACUGUUUCCCCCUGUUUCCAGUCUUUGUGCUAAGCUAAGCUAACCAGCUGCUCCCUGUAGCUUCAUACUUUCUUACACGGCCAUGAAGUCGUAUAAAUCUUCUCAAAUAUCUCGCGACAAGAAAGCAAAUAAGCGUUUUUCUCAAAAUGUUGAAUUCUUAUUUUUUUUUAAGUCUCCCACCGCGACAAGCCUAACCUUCCCCUCUACGACAAAAGUAAAUGCACUUUUGACGGUGUGGAGUUAGGUUGCAGACUGUGCCACUGGUAAGCCAUAUGCUACUUCUAUUGAAUAAAAAAAUAAACAAACACAUGAGGUAAGUACAUGGUUGUAUAAUUCAUUCUUGCCUAUGCUGGAUAUUAACCAUUAGCCCGGCAUUGGACAUUUCUACCUCCAUCACUCAGGCACAUAACGAAAAUAUGUUGUGUCCGUUUGCUUGCUACUAAAGCGCUGACAUAUCAACUUCUCAGCAACAUGUCCGAAAUGUCAUCACUCAGCGGUUCUCUGUGACAGAACACUUAAUUAAUCGGUACCAGACUUUUGUAGAUGUACCCCCAUGGCUAUGCUGUAGUUGCUUCUUCAACUGUGAUCGUUUUUUUAUUUUCUUCUGUUAAUGGUUUGUGCACCGUUUGACGAUUAAAUACUGUAUUUUCAAUAGUCAUGAGCUGAGCAACAGUGAAUCAUGAACAUGUUUUUUUAAAGGUGCUAUGUGUAGUAUUCUCUCAUUUCUAAUUAUAACUCGGACCUUUGACAGUUCAAACAUUACGUCUGGUGAUUUAGGUUGAAGUCACGUUUGCUUCUCUCGUGGAUAUUCAGACGCAACAGAGGAAGGGAUCAGAUUUGCCGCCCUUCAGCGGUUAUCAGUGACUGUAAAGUGUAGCACAUGAAAAUCCUACACAUAACACCUUUAAGUGAAAGAAAUAUCUUUUUUUUUUUCAUGGUAAAGAAAUUUAUCCAAUUGUGAUUUUAUUUUUCUUUCACUGAAUUUGUGUUUUUAAGAAAAAUAUUUUCUGGAUUUAAAAAAAAGUACAAACACAAACAUUGCAGUUUUACGGAGUUAUCAUGUAUUUUAUGCUUUAUUAAGAGUGUGUACUCAUUGUGGGCAGUGUUUUCAGUAAAGUUUCAAUCUUGUUAAUUUAUUACCUAAAUGUUGAAAUAUUAAAAACUUUUAAAACAUGACACUUGGUACAAACAUACAGUAUAUAUUUAAAUAUGAUACUUUGCAUGUGCACUAACUGUGUUGGAUUAAACUGCAUUAAGUUGAAAUAAAAUGGGUUUCAUGCCCAAAAUGUU